CUUGACAUUAUACCCGUUCGUUGUCACACUACAAAUUCUCUGUUGAAUAAACGCAAUAAUUCAUAUCAAGCCUUAAACUCUUUUAAUAAACUUCCUUUAGAUGGUAAACGUCGAUAUCAAACUAAUAAUUCAAAUCUCAGAAAAGCGAAACGUUCAAAAAAUGAUAUAAUUGAACGAGAAAAAGUUAAAGAAUGGGGUGAUUUAUCAGCCGGACAAAAAGUUUUUAAUGAAUCAUUGGAAAAAAUUAGAAACAAUCAGGAAGUAUGUUGGGUUUAA